UUUUUUUUUUCCAGGGUGCCUGCCGGGCGGUGAGUGAUGACGCCAUCAUUGUGUGUAUGUCAAUGAGAGGCAGUCCGGAAGUGCAGCUCCUUGGAAUUGUACGUGUCGGGAUGUAAAUGCGAACCACGAAACAAGCGCCUAAAAACAAAACCAUUAUUACAGCGAGAUAUCAUCAACCGUGUGCGAUUUAGAGAGCGCUCAGCAUUGCAUAGCAAAGAGCGAGUCGACACUGCACCGUGUGCCACGGACAGCUAUUCAUAAACAGGCUCCGGUCGCUGUGUCUCUCUGUCUUGGUUAUGAUGCCGGCUCGCAGCAGUGUGUCCGCAGGGAUCCCCAGCAGUAAGGUGAAGUACUCCAAACUGGCAGACAGUGAUGAGAGUUACAUCGACCUGCAGUUUAAGAAGAGCCCCCCCAGGGUUCCCUACAAGGCCAUCGCCCUCGCUACCAUCCUCUUCCUCAUUGGCUCGCUGCUCAUCAUCAUCGGGGCUCUGCUGCUGUCCGGGUACAUCGACGUCACGAACCAUGACCGGACCUGGCCCGUGCUCAUCAUUGGGAUUCUGGUUUUCCUGCCCGGGUUCUAUCACCUGCGCAUCGCUUACUACGCCUCCAAGGGUUACCGUGGUUACUCCUACGAGGACAUUCCGGACUUCGACUGAAAUGCGGACCGGACGUUCUGAAAGCGAAUUUAUUUCAUCUGGACAUUGUUGGUACCAAAGCAAAGUGAAUUAGGAUACAGAAAACUGCUAGAGACAGACCCUGAUGAGUGUUCCUUACCUGUACCCAGCCCCGUUCAGAAAGAGCCCUCUUCUCUUCUCCCCUCAAUAUCCAGCUGAAAAGGCUGUCAGGCACAAAGAGGCCACAGCUCACUGUAAUGAAGCAGCUGCACUAAGACAUUCAGUUCAGUCUGUGCUGAAGCAGGAGUGUCUCUGGUGUUCGCUAGCCUGGGAGUGACGUGUGAAACGUGUGUCCCGUGCAGUAGCUGAUCUGUCGUAUUCAUUCAUUUCGCUUCACGAAGUCGAAUGAAACCUGCUGCAUAAUGUUAUCUUAACACAUCGAAUUCCACACAACUCUUUCCAUGUUACCUUCCAAAUACAUAACCGAAUAAUGUGACUUCGAAAUCCAACUGUGUCUUCCGGUAGACUUUUGCGAUAUCAUUUUGUAGUGUCUUUGAUCACAUGAUGUGAAAUAAAAGAUCUAAAUGAUGUUCAUUAUUAUUAUUAUUAUUAUUAUUAUUAUUAUUAUUAUUAUUUUUAAAUGAUGUCUCAGAGUUCUAGGUGAUGCAAGUCUUUUGGCCAGAGCUGUGUCAUUCAUUUUCUAUUUCAAACAGAAUGGUUUGUUUAGUGAUUCUCGUUUGUGUGCUUAAUUACAAUCUCUUACUCUAGAUUUGUACAUCAUCUGAAUGUGUGGAGUAGUGGUUAGGGGCUCUGGACUCCUGACCGGAGGGUCGUGGGUUCAAUCCCAGGUGGGGGACACUGCUGCUGUACCCUUGAGCAAGGUACUUUACCUAGAUUGCUCCAGUAAAAACCCAACUGUAUAAAUGGGUAAUUGUAUGUAAAAAUAAUGUGAUAUCUUGUAACAAUUGAAAUUCGCCCUGGAUAAGGGCGUCUGCUAAGAAAUAAAUAAAAAUAUUAUACUGAAA